AUGCGUUGUGCGACAUUUAUUGCAGUAGCAGUGGCGGCCCUCUCAGGAGGAGUUGCUGCCGACAGAGCUGCCGAUUUUCAGAAGCAUGUAUCGAAAUGGCUUCCUCAGAACGCAGGCAGUGGCCACGACAUCUCUACAAAGAGAGAAGUACAGACGCGAAAUGGCACCAAGCCUCGUUUCCUCAACAGCAAGACCAAAAAGUUUGCUGUGGAUGGUGCAAACCUGCCCGAGAUUAAUUUCGACGUGGGUGAAUCCUAUGCGGGGAGCUUGCCCAUUACCGGCAAAAAGGGAGAAAAGGACAAUCUCUUCUUUUGGUUCUUCCCUUCGGAAGAUGGCCACAUUACCGAUGAAAUUACAGUCUGGCUGAAUGGCGGCCCAGGUUGUUCGUCGCUGUCGGGCUUCCUGACGGAAAACGGGCCAGUUUUGUGGCAGGAUGGCACGCUCGCCCCAGUCAAGAACCCGUACUCAUGGCACAAGCUCACCAACAUUAUCUGGAUCGAACAGCCUGUGGGCACGGGCUUCUCUUUGGGCGCGCCGAGCGCCCGGGAUGAGAUUGAGCUGGCUACGCAAUUCCGCGGGUUCUGGAAGAACUUUAUCGACACCUUUGACCAGCUCAAGGGCGCCAAGACGUAUCUGACGGGCGAGUCGUACGCGGGCGCCUAUGUCCCUUAUAUUGCAAACAGUUUUCUGCUGCAAAACGACACCAAGUACUUUAAUCUCAAGGGCAUCUCCAUCAACGAUCCGGUGAUUGGCGACGACAAUCUCCAGUUUUCCAUCACGCAAGUGCCGUACAAUACGUACUGGGCCAAUCUGCUUCAUCACAGCGAUGAAACCAUUUCCAAGAUUAACCAGCUCUAUGAAUCGAGCGGCCAGGCAAACUACACGAGAAAGUGGUUCACUUUUCCCCCGCCCCAGGAACCGUUCCCCAAGGUCCCCGACGAAGACCAGCACGUGUCGGACAUUAUUCAAAAUUCUUUAACGUCGAACAAUCCCUGCUACAAUGUUUACCACAUUUCGGACCAGUGCCCGACAGUCUAUGGCCAUCUCGGUGGCGUCAACGUCGGCGACUACGUCCCUCCCGGUGCCGAAGUAUACUUUCAGCGCGCAGACGUGCAAAAGGCCAUCCACGCUCCGCCCAUCGGCACCAAAUGGCAGCAAUGCGGAGGAAACAAUGGCAGUGUAUUCCCGCAUGGGGACGCUUCUCCCGGAGCAGCCAUCGACGGUACCCUCAAAAACAUUAUCGAGCACACAAACAACACGAUUGUAGGAUCUGGUGCUCUCGACGCUUUGCUCCAGACAAACGGCACCCUCUUUGCACUGCAAAACGUGACUUGGCAUGGAAAGCAAGGCUUUAGUUCUUUCCCCAAGACGCCAUUCUUCGUGCCGGACCACCAAGACAAGAACCAGGGUGCCCUGGGCCCCAAGGGUAAUAUUGGCGUCUAUGUAAAGGAGCGCGGACUGACAUUUUAUGAUGUGCAGCUUGCCGGUCAUGAAGUCCCGGGUUAUUCGCUGUCUGGUGGUUACAGGAUGCUCCAGCAGCUUCUGGGACGCAUUGACGACUUGAGCAGCAAGAAGCCAUUGUUUUGA